CUCCCCGCCCCCGCGAUGCAGGGCGCUGGCUGCUGCUACUCGGCAGCUCUAGCUCCGGCGCCGCCGUCCCUCUCCCCUGCCCGUCUCUCUCUCUCUCCCGGUAAACUGCGCACGCGCCGCAAUACUCCGCCCCUCUCCCCGCCCUGUCGCGCCCCCAGAAGGCAGAGCGCACGCUGCCGCGUUUCCGGCGAGACCUGGCUGCCUUGCGUCGCGGCUUCUGUGCCCUUGUGGACCGUGCGUGCCUUCGGAAGACCGGUGCAGGCCUGGGGUAGUCUCCUGUCUGGACAGAGAAGAGAAGAAUGGAGAAGGGCUUCACCCCAAUGUGAGUGGGCAGUAAAUGUCAAUGGAGUAGCCAGGAGCUUCUGGAAACCAGAGUCCCUUUCCUCAGCUGAAAACCCUAAAACCGCUACAUCUGGUACCUUUGCUAGUGUUAUGGCACUGAGAUCCUACUACCAUGGAAAAGUCAUGCCUGUAGGUUUAAUCGCAGGUGCCAGCUCCUCCCUAUGGUGGCCGAAGUUUUAGUGUGAAGCCAUGACUGCAGCCUUUUGUGUGACUUGAGUUUGCUGGUAGUCGCCAAAGUUGGAGUUCGUAUGUUGAUGGAAAUAUGAUGAGUAGAAGUCGUGUUCCAAGCUGGACUCAUGAAGAAUUCAAAUCUGAAUCUUCCACUAUUUUCAAUGUAUUAAGAGAAAUAAGGGAUAUUUUUUGCAUUUUUGACAUUUUGCCUAAAAAAAAAAAAAAGACACCAAAUUUGGCAGAGGAGUGGAAAAUCGGUCGUUAUCAUUACAACCCUACAGAGGUGGUGAGUAUGUACCACAAGCUUAUUGAGACCCUCAUAGAGAUCGAUUCUUGUAUAGUGAUGUUAUUGCUUUCUGUAUCUACUGGUAAAUCUCCAUGUUAAAAUGUUAGGUGUUGUCAUUGAGAACCCUGAAACCCCAUUCCCUGCUCAGAGGAACAGUGUGAAAAACUCUCUUAUGAGAUUUAGAAUAUCUGUUCUUUUGCCUGUCUUAAAGCAUAGACUGACUUUGAAAUUAUGUUAAAUGAAAUAUCAAUGAAAAUAUGGUUUACUAUAAGUAAUA